AUGGCUGGAGAUGGAAGGUUUAGGUAUUGGAAAUGCAGAAAAGAUCCCGCCAGAACUUCACCGCCAACCGACAACUCAGAUCUGCGUGGAGUUGUCCGACGUCCAGUAGAGGUGAGAGAGGAGUUGGGCGGCUGGUAUAAAAUGAUUAAAGUUGACUUACUCUUCAAUCAUGGUGGUGAUUGGAUAAGAGAACCACAUCUACUAUACUCUAAGAAAUUGGUUCACACUUGGCCGGGGUAUGAUCUUGAUCUUUUAUCUUUUAUUGACAUAGUAAAUGAGUACACUACAGAGUUAGGAUUUGUAGGUAUUCAGCAGCUUAUUGUAACUGCUCCUUCUGGAAAAUACUAUAAAAUAGAGGGGGAUGAUGGGAUUAGGAAGUUAUAUUCCCUUGUUUCUGAAGAGUAUCGUAUCAUUAACAUAUAUGCAGUAGAUGAAUGUGAGCCUUCUGUAGAAGUUCCCAAUAUUGUCCAACAUACUAAAUCAUUUUUUUCUGUGGUUAAUGAGGUUGGUACUGAUUGUAGUGAGAAUGAGAGUGAGAGUGACUGCGAAGCUGGUUCUGAUUGUCCAGAAUAUGACUCUGAAGAGUUGGAAUCAAUUGCUACUCAAAAGAAAAGAAAGAUUACUGUGGGUCUAGAAGGUUACAAAGAAUUAUUUAAGGAUAUGUCCUUCAAGGGCAUACCAGAAGCAAGGAAGUGCAUUAAACUUUAUUGUUUGGCCAAUAAGGUAGAGUUAGAGGUUGUUAAAAGUGAUAAGCAUAGGUUGAGAUAUGAAUGUAUUCCAGGGUGUCCAUUUGUAUGUCAUAUUUCUGAGGAAAAAGGUUCUCCUAGAGUGAAAAUCAAAACUUUAAAUCCUAAACAUGAGUGUGGUCCAUCAUAUGACAACUCUAGGGUUGAUCACACUACUAUAGCUCAUUAUUUCAAGAAAAAAUUACAAGAUAAUCCAAAAUUUAAGGUAAAGGAAAUGAGGACUGAUUUAAAAGAAGCAUUUGAGUUAAAUGCUAGUAAAGGAAAGUGCAAGAGAGCUAAAAGGAUGGUUUUGGAAAUUUUGGAGGGGAGCUUUACAGAUGGUUACAAGAAAUUAGAGGCUUAUGCCAAUGAACUAAGAGACUCAAAUCCGGGAAGUGAUGUUGUAAUCAAUCUGUCUAAAGAGGCACUUGCCAAAGGUAAAAGAAAAUUUCUUAGAAUGUAUAUUUUCUUCAAGGCAAUGAAGAUGGGAUUUAAGGAAGGUUUGAGACCCUUCAUUGGAUUAGAUGGUACAUUCCUUAAGGGAAAAGCCAAGGGACAAUUACUGGUAGCUGUUGGUCAAGAUAAUAUGAACCACUUUUAUCCUUUAUCUUGGGCAAUUGUAGAUAAAGAGACAAAAAGAACUUGGAAUUGGUUCUUGGGGCUAUUGCACAAUUCAUUGGAACUCCAGAUAGGUGAAGGCAUAACAUUCAUGUCGGAUAUGCAAAAGUUUCUGUUUCUGCUUUCUGCUGGAUUAAUUGAUGCAAUCAACAUUGUACUCCCUGAAGCACACCAUAGAUUUUGUGUCAGACACAUAGAGUCAAACUGGUGCAAAAGAUGGAGUAAAGGUGGUGGGGAGCUGGAAAAGCUACUAUGGUGGAGUGCAUGGAGUAGUUAUGAGGAGGAAUUCCAGGAUCAACUGAACCAUAUGGGACAGCUUGAUGAACCUGCUAUACUUGAAGAAAGGUACAAGCCUAUCAUUGGGAUGCUCGAGGAUAUAAGGAUCAAAGUGAUGAAUCAAUUGAGAGAACAUGAAGAUUCUGUGACUAAAUGGAGUGGUGAAUUCAGUCCUAAAACAAUGAAGCUAUACAAUGAAUAUAUGAAGAUAGCCCAAGUUUGUAGAGUUGACUCCAAUGGGGAUAAUGGAUUUGAGGUAUCAGAAGGGUCUGACAAGCAUAUUGUGAAUCUGAGAAUAAAAAGGUGCACUUAUAGGGCAUGGGACCUCACUGGAAUUCCAUACCCACAUGCAAUUAAGGCCUUAUUGUAUAAGAGGAUUGAUUCUCUAACUAAAAUGCAUUGGUUCCAUAGCAAGGAAGCAUGCUUGCUAACAUGUAAACAUAAGUCGCAACCUGUAAGGGGAGAGAAAUUCUGGAAAGUUGACCCUUCUCAAGCAAUGGAACCUCCAGAGUUGGUCAAGCUAGCUGGAAGGCCUUAG